GGCGCGCCGGCGGCUGGCUUCUGAUUGGCUGGGGCGAGCAGUGGCCGGACCCGAGGAAGCCGGUGUUGUCGCUCGCACUCGGGGUAGCGGCCAGGAGCCGGCAGGACUGGAAGUGGCGCAGUGUCUCUGAAGACUCUUCAGGAAAUCACAAUGUCAACCAACACAGACCUUUCUCUUUCUUCAUAUGAUGAAGGUCAGGGAUCUAAGUUUGUUCGGAAAGCUAAGGAGACACCGUUUGUCCCCAUUGGAAUGGCCGGGUUUGCAGCAAUUGUUGCAUAUGGCUUAUACAAACUGAAGAACAGGGGAAACACGAAGAUGUCCAUUCACUUGAUCCACAUGCGUGUGGCAGCCCAGGGCUUCGUUGUUGGAGCCAUGACGCUUGGUAUGGGCUACUCCAUGUAUAAGGAAUUCUGGGCCAAGCCAAAGCCUUAGAAGACGAGCUGCUGCCUUGGUCUGGGAACUGCUUGCUUUAUUUAGACGUCUCAUAUUGAGGUUACAAGUUUGUGUCUACAAUAAAUAACAUGGGUUUAGACAAUAACUCAGUAUUGAA